AUGUGCGGGAGGAGAAACCCAGUGACUCGGCACAUUAAGGUCCAACUAGGACGAGUGAGACUCGCACACCAGGGCAGUGUGCAGGUGGCCAGGAUCAUCCGCCACCCCAAGUACAGCCUUGAAAUCGGAGUAUCAGAGCUGCUGCCACCACCCUACAAUCUGCAGGAGGUGGAGGUCCCCCUCGUGGCGGAUGAGAUCUGUCAGCAACAAUACGGCAAUGUUAUCAGGGACGACAUGCUGUGUGCCGGGAGCUGGGGCCGGGUCACCUGCCAGGGUGACUCUGGGGGCCCCUUGGUCUGUCAAUGGAGGGGCACCUGGGUCCAGGUAGGGAUCGUGAGCUGGGGAUACAGCUGUGGUCAUCGCGACUUCCCUGGGGUCUAUGCCCGGGUGAUGAGCUACAUUUCUUGCAUCCGGAAGUAUGUCCCUCCGCCCCCUGGAUCCUAG